AUGGAGUUUACUCAAGAAAAAACUUCCUCAAUAACUUUAGGUGUUUCGACUCAAGAAGAUACAUUGGCGUCAACUCAAUUUAAAACUGAUCAGGGAAUUAAAAAUGUAGUAUUUGGCUCG